AUGGAACUGAAGCAAAAUAGCAUGAUAGUAGCCAAGCACGAGGCUAAGUUUACUGAAUUGGCCAGAUUUGCACCACACAUGGUCGAUACCGACUAUAAGAAAGUAAGACAUUUUGAGCGAGGCCUUCGGGAAGAUAUUUUAGAGAAAGUGAAUGUACUUAAGCUGGAGACCUAUAGCGAAGUGUUAGGCCUGGCCAUAAUAUCAGAAGCUAAUAUAGCCAGACAGGCCAAAUCAUCAACCGAUUGGAAAAAUAGUAAGAAACAGGGCUUCUUUUCAAAGAAGCAGAAUACAGGCUCUUCAAAUACCUCGAAUUCUUCCAGAGACAUAUCUCCAAUGUGCAACCAGUGUGGAAAAAGGCAUCGUGGGGUUUGUUACCGUAUAUCAGGGGCCUGUUUUAAGUGUGGUAAGACAAGGCACAUGGCCAGAGAUUGCAAUCAAAGCAGUAGGAAGUUAAUUGCUAGCUCAACUGCAUCAAUUCUGAAAUCGGGAAACACUACAAGGCCUACUACUACCGAAGAUACCGUGAGGCAAGGGAGAGUCUUUGCACUUGUUCUGGGCAAUACACAGAACACAGAAGUCGUUGUCUCGGUGAGAACUACUUUUGAUGCAUAUAGAUUAGCUACUAUAUAUGUUGAUGAAAUUGUUUGUUUGCAUGGAGUUCCAGUGUCUAUUGUGUUGGACAGAGAUCCAAAAUUUGUGUCUAGACUCUGGAAAAGCCUACAAAGAGCAACGGGAACAGAACUUUGA